UGGUCUCGACAGCCAUGAUGAUACACUUCCUCGUUGAUGUGUAGCCGACACUGAAUCAUUCCGCCCUGUUCAACGAGAAUGUAGAACACCACACUAAAUUAUCCUUGUAGCUCAUAUAUACGACAUUCAUGCGUGGGAUAUAACGGAGUUGGGCGUGUUGAUAUUUCCGAGAAAGUGAGCAACCCUGGGAUGUGGAUUGCGAAUCUUGCAGUUUUCUGUCUCGUGCUUGUGAGUCAGUCAUACAGUACACUUCAUCUUAAAGGCGCCAGGUACAAAUCUCACCGUUCAAACCGGAUCGAUUUGCUUUGUUCAAACGACGGAUGGAGACCCAAGUUUUUGUACUAUUGGAAACUGAAUAACACAAUAGUACUUAAGACAGUGCUUUUUCGAGCCCUCUAUAAAGAUCUCCAGUUUAUUGACAAAGUACGAGUAUACACAGGCUGGAAUGAUCAUUAUGUAUACAUCCAAGAAUCCUCAUCCAUGUCUGACAGUUAUAAAUGGCAAUGUGGCGAUGAUGAUGAUGAUGAUGAUGGGGACUGGAGCAACGAAAUCUGUCUGCCAGGUGGCACGCCCAGUGGGAAAGUCACAGAACUCAUGAUGACCGUCAGCGGGAACCUAACAUUUACAGUCCAGCCGUCGACAGGAAUUGUUGAGGGCAGCAACUUUACAAUGAGCUGCCGUUUGGAUGCUGAGAAUGCUACUCUCCUGUCGCAGUCAGAGGACUUCGAAAUGGUCUGGAUCCGAAACGAUACCAUGUUUGCGGUGACGUUUCAGAACGGAACGCUUUUGCUGGUUGAUCCUGAGGAAGGAAACAGAACAGCAGUCGUCAGUCACUACGUCAGCGUCAACAGCAGUGAGCACAUCGUCACACUGGUUGCAAGACCUCACCUGCAGUCCACGUGGUCCUGUCGCAAUCAUCUGGUAGAUCAACCUAGCAACUCCUUCGACAUCGUUAUGGAGACUGGUGCUCCUGUUACCACGGUGUCCCCUCUUGCAGGCUCACCUAAUACCGACACCAACGUCUUGUACAUCGCCAUUGGUUGCAGCGUUGUUGUAGUCGUACUCGCUGCCGUCAUCCUUGUUGUGGCUGUACAGAGAAAGAGGAAGUCAAACACACUAGAAGAGCAAAAUAAAGCCGUUGCUGAAAGCUCAACUGGAUCGAGUCGAGGAGACAAAAUAGAAAUGAUGGACAAUAUUCUCUAUGAAUCAGGCGCAAUGGACAAAGAUCAAGACGGCGAUGAAAAAGUGAUGAUGGAAAACACCCUUUAUGUCGGCGCUGAUGAGGACGACAGCCCAACAACUGCUGUAUGAUCAACACAACAAAAUUAGGAAAACUACAAUUCGUUGUUAUGAAUUUAAUUUACCUUAGUAAUGUUUCCACAUUCUGUGAGAACUGGUCAACCGAUGCACAUUGAUACCAGGGUCGUCGAAUUUUAUUCCACAGAUAUAAUUCGCUAUGAAUGAUCCUGAAUUUGAGGGCACAGAUCAUACAGACCAUCUUAUACUUUCUUGUGAUAAAUAUGUUUUGUCGUGUUUAAAACCGGAACCCUGUUUGCUUUGUACAGCUCGUAGUUGUCAAUCUUAGUUACGAACAGCAUCACCACAUGUUUCUUCAGACCCGUGAAGGUCCGGGAUAGAAUGAACCUUCAGUAACCCAUGCUUGUCGUAAGA